AUGCGAGCCGGCUAUGAGAUGGAUGCGCUUUUUGUUGAGCAAACUCUCAUAGGCCGUGACGAACACAAUGCGCUCGCCGAAGCGAGACGAGCGCAUAAUUAUUCGCUACGCCGCCCGCCGCCGCCGGACUCUGAUGAGGACGCCGCCGGGACGGCACCCAAGCGUGUCUGUGCGCAAACGACGCCACCCAACAUUAAUAUAAAUACACAACAUAAUAUUAAUAUAAAUACACAACAUACGAUGCCGCUCUCACAAAGAGACCCGCGUCGUCGUCGCCUGGCGGAUGCAUUCAUGGGCAUGACGCCUACCACGGCGCCCCCACGCCUACCUGACGACGAAGAAGAGUACCGUGUGGUGCAGCGGUACCUCGGGGAGUAG